AUGAAGGUCGCUACCAUCUCCACUUUCUUGGCUCUGUCCCUCUCCGUGGCUGCCAUGAAGAACACCAUGGAGACCAUGAUGCGCGCCACCGGCCAGUGUGACUCCGGCGACAUUGCUUGCUGCGACUCCAAGGAGACCAUCUCCGGUGAUGGUAUCCUCGGCAACCUCCUUGCCAAGGGUGCUCUCAACGGCCUCAUUGGAAACGACAACGCUGCUUGCGCUAAGACUGAUGUCCUCGGCGAUGUCAACGUUCUCGCUUCCUCCGACCACUCCGAGGCUGGCCCUGUCUGCAAGAACAUCAUUGCUUGCUGCCCCCACGGCGCCACCAAGUGCUCCGCUAUCGAUUCUUCCCAGUAA